ACAUUUCCCCUUUGUUAAAGGGUUUCCAAUGCAAGAAAUCUCAAUACUUUCACAAUUUUGUCCUGGACAUGGGUUCUGUCUCGGGUUCGGGUAAGAUCCACCACUGGAACGUGUUCGACGGCGUGAAGAUAAUCGCGGCGACGCCGGAGGCACUGAUGGCGGAGAUUGAUUCUGCGAUCUCGGCUAUGGAACACUCACGCGCCACCGCUAUGCUCGACGAAGACGAGGGAUACGACGCGCGCGUGGCCGACGAGGCCUACAAGGCGGGCUGCGCCGCCCUCGCCGCCGGCAAGCUAGACGAGGCGCUCCGUUCACUGAAUCUCUCCCUCGCGAAGUGCCCUCCCGACAGAGCCUCCGCACUCGCAAAACUCAACUCGCUCAUCGCUCUCGCUUCUAACCACCUUCAAGCCUCCUCCAAAUGACAACGCGUCGUUUCGUUUCGUCGCGAUUCUUGUGAAUUUUGAACUGGGAUUACAAAGGAUGUUCUGAGGCUUUUCACUCAUGUUACUCUUCGUUAAUUAGGAGUGACAUUUGCAACGAAAGUCAAGCUGGGGUAUACAUGUUUUAAGAAUUAUCCCUCCAACAAUGAACCCAUCCCUUCUCAUUUUCACUCCCCUGACUCCCAUACCGAAGAAGCUUGCAUUUCUCAACCUUCAGCAACUCCACCUUAACUCUUGCUCAUCUAUUUUUUUAUGGCUCCAGAAGUGAAUUUCAUAAUUUCUAAUGAAUCACAUAAUCAUACCCAUUGUCUCUCCAUCUCCCGGGACUCUGAAAGAAGUAUUUUACCACUGUCAAACUUUUAGCCGGAGGCUUUCAACUGCAAGCCUUGAGGAGGAGUUCCCCAUUCUCGAUGAUGUUGAUGAGAUGGUUGUUUCGGCAGUGAGAAGCCGAGCUAUGGAAAAACAAAAGCUCAAGACAAGCCCAUUGAGAGAUGGCUUUUCCUGGACAUGUUAUUCUCGUGCAACAAGGGAAUUCUUUGUCACAAUGGCACCACAACCAAGGAUGGUGAUAGGUGAUGGAGAAAAUGAUGAAAGAGAAGAGUUUUUUUCCGUUAAAAGUUGCCUGUCAUGCUGUUCUUCGAGUGUUGUGAGUGACCAGGCAUUUUAUUCUGUGAAGACUAACCUAUCUAGAUGUUCAAGCAUGAGUGGGGUUGACAUGUCAGAGCAUUGGAGGCGUUCAAUAAUUCAAGAGUUUUGCCACUGCGAAGGAUGGCCAUUUGGGCUGUGCCGUAAAGCUGUGUUACUUCCACCACUGCCUAAGUCACCAUCUGAGUCAUGGUUGUCACGCAAAAUACAAACAAGUACCAAAGUUAUCUGAGUUUCUUUUACUUUAUCUGUCUUCUCAGUUCCAGUUAUCUCUUGUAGACUUGUAAGAGAAGUUGGUGGAAGAUUCUGGAAUAAUGGAUGUAUGGCUCAAGCUUCAUA